AUGCUAGACCAGAUGGCGAACAUGCUUGACAAUGUCGUUGAUACUCCCGGCUCCGAGACUCCAGUAUCCGAGUCUGGGGGUGAUCGCGACAGACAUAUCACUACUCUAGCACGUUCCAUCUCGCAAAUCUCACGAACUAGCAGUGUCCGCAUCGGUGUACCCUCAGAGGGUAUCAACACCUUCCUUGAUCCUACCAGUCACCCAGAGCUGGAUCCCAAUAGCGACCAGUUUGACUCACGCAAAUGGGUCAAGAACAUCUUCCAUAUUCUCGCUGAGGAUCCAGACCGCUACCCUCCUCGCACGGCGGGGGUCUCCUUCCGCAACCUCAAUGUUUUCGGCUAUGGCAGCGGAUCUGAUUAUCAGAUGAAUUUUGCCAACGCCUGGCUCAAGGUUGCCAGUUGGGUCUGCAAAAAGCUUGGGUCUCAGAGAAAAGUUCGCAUCGAUAUUCUACGGGAGUUCGAAGGCAUUGUCCAUAGUGGCGAGAUGUUGGUUGUUCUAGGUCGCCCUGGAAGCGGAUGCUCGACCUUCCUCAAAACCAUUGCCGGUGAGACACACGGUCUUUAUCUCGACAAGGAGAAAGGGUCCGAGGUGCAAUAUGACGGCAUAUCCUGGGACGACAUGCACAGCCAAUUCCGCGGCGAAGUCAUCUACCAGGCCGAAACCGAGACACACUUUCCUCAACUGACAGUCAGUGAUACAUUGAUGUUUGCCGCUUACGCUCGAGCGCCGAGUAACCGACUUCCUGGUGUCACACGCGACCAAUAUGCGACGCAUAUGCGGGAUGUGGUGAUGGCAAUGCUUGGAUUGACCCAUACCAUGAAUACCAAGGUGGGCAAUGAGAUUAUUCGAGGUGUAUCUGGUGGCGAAAGAAAGCGAGUCAGUAUCGCCGAAACCACUCUUUGUCGGUGUCAUUUGCAGUGUUGGGACAACAGCACUCGUGGACUCGACAGCUCCACUGCCCUGGAAUUUGUCAAGAACAUCCGCCUCUCCACUGACUAUACCGGAUCCACCGCUAUUGUCGCAAUCUACCAAGCGAGUCAGUCUAUCUACGACUUGUUUGAUAAGGCAAUUGUGCUCUACGACGGGCGUCAGAUUUAUUUCGGAAGUGCUUCCAAUGCACGACAAUUCUUUAUCAACAUGGGAUUCCACUGUCCAGACAGACAAACCACUGCGGACUUCCUUACGUCUCUCACCAGUCCCUCGGAACGCCUUGUUCGCCCCGGAUUUGAAGACACCGUUCCACGCACACCGGAUGAGUUUGCAACGCGCUGGAAGGAAAGCCCAGAGCGCAAACAGCUCCUCGCUGAGAUCGAACAAAACACAGCCGGGAAAUCUGACAACCUUGCGCAAUUCCAUCGUUCUCGUGCAGCAGACAAAGCUAGGUUUACUCGCGCAAGCUCCCCAUACACACUUUCGUAUCCAAUGCAAAUUCGGCUGUGUCUUUGGCGAGGGUUUUUGCGGCUCAAAGCAGACAUGUCUACGACGGUCGCCACACUCGUUGGAAAUAUAGGCAUGUCUCUGAUCAUUUCCAGCGUCUUUUACGACACACCAGACAACACCGACAGCUUCAACAGACGUGGAAGCCUAAUCUUCUUUGCUAUUAUGAUCAGUGCCUUCUCUAGCGGGCAGGAAAUCAUGACUAUGUGGGUGCAGCGCCCAAUCGUGGAAAAGCACCUCAAGUACGCACUAUACCAUCCGUCGGCGGAAGCUAUUAGCGCGCUCAUUGUGGAACUUCCAUCGAAGAUCAUCCUAUGCGUGGUUUUCACUUUGAUCAUCUAUUUCUUACCCAAUCUUCGGCGAACUCCCCGGAAUUUCUUUGUCUUUUUCCUCUAUUCGCUAACGACAACCCUUGUGAUGUCCAAUAUCUUCCGAUUUAUUGGCGCAAUCUCGAGAUCCGUGGCACAUGCCAUGCCACCUGCUGCAGUUGUCAUGCUUGUCUUGGUUAUGUACACCGGAUUCAUUAUUCCUAUUCGCAAUAUGCGCCCUUGGUUCCGGUGGCUCAACUACGUGACCCCGAUGGGGUACAGCUUCGAGGCGUUGCUGAUCAAUGAGUUCAGCGGACGAUCCUUCCCUUGCUCGACCUUUGUUCCAGGCAUCUUGGACAUGUACAAGAAUGCGCCUCUCAGCUCCAAAAUCUGUUCACAGAAGGGUGCUGUGGCAGGUCAAGAUUUCAUUGACGGAGAGACAUACAUUAACACGACUUACGAGUACAAAGGCUCCAAUCUGUGGCGAAACUUCGGGAUUCUCUGCUUUAUGGGCGCCGGUUUCUUUGUGCUGUACGUUUUAAGUAGCGAGCUCAUCCGGGCAAAACCGUCUAAAGGUGAAAUUCUCGUAUAUCCGCGCGGCAAGAUUCCUGCAUUUGCAAAGAAUGUUCGAAAGGACGAUCCAGAGGAGGUCAUUGCAUCAGAGAAAGGUGCAGUUUCUAGCGAAUCCCGGGGCACAACUGCAGCAAUUGCUCGCCAAACUUCGAUCUUCCAUUGGGAAAAUGUGUGUUUCGACAUUAAGAUCAACGGGACUUCGCGACGUAUCCUGGACAACGUGGAUGGCUGGGUCAAGCCUGGCACUCUAACAGCCUUGAUGGGUGUCACUGGCGCAGGAAAAACAUCCUUGCUCGAUGUGUUGGCCGAUCGUGUCACUAUUGGCGUCGUCUCCGGCGACAUGCUUGUCGAUGGCCGGCUACGCGACGAUUCCUUCCAGCGAAAAACAGGUUACGUGCAGCAACAGGAUCUACAUAUGGAAGCAAGUACUGUUCGUGAAGCCCUGGUUUUCAGCGCUCUCCUUCGCCAGCCAGCUAGCAUUUCUCGUCGGGAUAAGGUUGCCUACGUCGAAGAGGUCAUUCGGAUGCUCGGUAUGGAAGAAUACGCAGAUGCUGUGGUCGGUGUUGAAGGCGAGGGCCUCAAUGUGGAGCAACGCAAGCGGUUGACUAUCGGCGUGGAGCUGGCAGCCAAGCCAGAUUUGCUGCUAUUCUUUGAUGAACCAACUUCUGGUUUGGAUAGUCAAACUGCUUGGUCAAUCUGCACUCUGAUGCGCAACUUGGCCAACCACGGUCAAGCUGUACUAUGUACCAUUCACCAGCCUUCGGCAAUGCUAAUGCAGCAGUUCGACCGCCUACUGUUUCUCGCCAAAGGAGGACGCACAGUGUACUUUGGUGACCUUGGCCCGAACAUGGAAACUUUGAUCAGAUACUUCGAAGACAAAGGAUCGCCCAAGUGUCCGAAGAACGCAAACCCGGCUGAGUGGAUGCUUAAGAUUAUUGGUGCUGCACCGGGCUCUCACACAGAUAAAGAUUGGGCCGAACAAUGGACCAACAGUACUGAGCGCACAGAGGUCCGCAGACAGCUGGCUGAGAUGAAAGAGGAAUUGUCCAAGAAGCCUGUACCUGUGCAGGUUGCAGAGUUCAGUGAAUUCGCCAUGCCACUCUGGUAUCAGUUCCGCAUUUGUACCCAACGUACCUUCCAGCAGUAUUGGAGAACUCCGUCGUAUCUAUACGCCAAGACUCUCACCUGCAUUGUACCACAAUUGUUCCUCGGAUUCACGUUCUGGAACAUGGAUAACAGUAUUCAAGGGAUGCAGAAUGAGAUGUUCGCAAUCUUCAUGUUCCUCGUCGUCUUUCCAAAUCUGGUCCAGCAGAUGAUGCCGGCCUUCUGCAAGAACCGUGGUUUGUAUGAAGCACGCGAACGGCCUUCAAAGGCGUACUCGUGGGUCGCAUUCAUCUCGGCCAGUAUUAUUGUGGAGCUAGUAUGGAACAUCACGAUGUCGGUUCUAGCCUUCUUUUGCUGGUACUACCCAAUCGGGUUCUACCGCAAUGCAGAACCCACCAAUGCGGUGACCGAACGAGGCGGCAUCAUGUACGUGCUCAUCAUGCUUUUCUUGUCCUUCACGUCGACCUUUAGCUCAAUGGUGAUUGCUGCAAUUGAAAACGCCGAGACUGGGAGCAGCAUUGCUCAGUUCAUGUUCUCUCUUUGCUUGGUUUUCAAUGGAGUACUUUCGAGUGCAUCUGAUAUGCCUCGAUUCUGGAUCUUCAUGUACCGGCUCUCACCAUUCACGUACUACGUGUCCGCUGUCCUCGCAACUGGCCUGAGUGGGGCGACAGUGGAAUGUUCCAGUAUCGAGGUGCUCACUGUCUCGCCCCCCGAUGGACAGACUUGCGGCGGCUACCUAGGGCCAUACAUCCAGGCCACCCAAGGCGCGUUGCUCAAUCUGGACGCGUCGGUAGAUUGCAAGGUCUGCACAAUGUCGAGAACGGACCAGUUCCUCGCCGGUCUCGGCAUUGAGUACUCGGAUGUUCCACGCAACGUCGGGAUUUUGUUCGCCUACGUGGCGUUCAAUAUUACCAUGACGUUCGUGGUGUACUGGUUCUUCCGCGUCCCCAAGGGAAGGGGGCGUGAGGUCAAGCGGACCUAG